AGGUGUGAAGGUGUACCACCACACCACUAGAAAUCAUCUGAAAUCCUCAACCAAUUCAGCACUUCAGUUUGCUUAGGCGGCGGCCCUUCUUCUUCUCCGGGACUCCAGCUGCGCCCAUCCGAAUUAGUUGGCCCGUCACUACAACCGCGACCAAACUGCCGAGGUGUAGUUCACGUCCAACUCCACCAAUGCAUACUACCAGCACACACUACCACCAUUCCUCUCCUCCUACCACUAGUAUCACCACCACCUGCUGGCCGGCGCCUCCAUGUAUUCUUGCCUUGCACAUCUCGGCAAUCAACCUGCUGUUAGUGUUAGGCUCGAUUUGUAGUAACAUUUGUUUAUACCCACCCUGGUCAUCGUAAGGAAGUGUGGCGUCAAUUCGAUCUGGGAUUUUCAUGCCUGUUACCUGACACAAGUUUACCAAGAACGGCGCAAAUGAAUAAGCCGAGGCGCGAGCUUCGGCUACGGCGGUGGCUGCUGGUUCCGUGGGUCCUCGCGGUUGUGGUAGCUGGCGUGACGACGGCGGACUUGUCGGAGUCGGAGUUGGAGGCAUUCCGCGAUGAGCGUGGCGGGCUAGUGGCGCUGCGGGACGGGCUGCGCUCGGCCAAGGACCUGCACUCCAACUGGACGGGCCCGCCGUGCCACGGCGGGCGCAGCCGGUGGUACGGCGUGUCCUGCGACGACGACGGCCGCGUGGUGAGCCUCGCGCUCGACGCGAUCCAGCUCACGGGCACUCUGCCGGCCGGCGCGCUCCGCGGCGUCGAGCGGCUCGCCGCGCUCAGCCUGCGCGACAACGCCAUCCACGGCAAGCUCCCAGAGCUCGCCGGGCUGGACCGUCUCCGCGUCGUCGACCUGUCGAGCAACCGGUUCUCGGGCCCCAUCCCGCGCCGGUACGCGAGGGCGCUGCCCCAGCUCACGCGGCUCGAGCUCCAGGACAACCUGCUCAACGGCACCGUGCCGGCGUUCGCGCAGAGCGAGCUCAUCGUCUUCAACGUGUCGUACAACUUCCUCCAGGGCAAAGUCCCAGACACGCACGCGCUGCGCCGGUUCCCCGCGAGCGCGUUCGGCCACAAUCUCAAGCUCUGCGGCGAGGCCGUGAAUGCCGCGUGCCGCUCCGGGUCGCCGUCAGCCGGUAGCCGCGACGGUCCGGUCGUCAGGCCGGAUGACGAGUCCGGCGGGCGGCCCGCGCGCCAAUCCAGGAGGUUCAGGCUGGCGGCGUGGAGCGUCGUGGCGAUCGCCCUCAUCGCCGCAAUGGUGCCAUUCGCCGCCGUGCUCAUCUUCCUGCAUCAGACCAAGAAGAGCCGCGAGGUCCGACUCGGCGGCCGGGCCGCACCGGCAGGAGGAGCAGCGGACAUCAAGGACAAGGUUGAGGAAGGUAAGAAGAGCGGCAGCGGCAGCGGCAGCAGUGGCCGGGACGCGCAGGCGCAGCUGCAGUUCUUCCGCGCGGACAAGGCGGCCGGGUUCGACCUCGACGACCUGUUCCGGUCGACGGCGGAGAUGCUCGGCAAGGGCCGGCUGGGGAUCACCUACCGCGUCACGCUCGAGGCCCGCGGCCCCGCCGUCGUGGUCGUGAAGCGGCUGCGCAACAUGGGGAACGUGCCGCGCAAGGACUUCGCGCACACCAUGCAGGUGCUGGGCAAGCUCCGGCACGAGAACGUGGCCGAGCUCGUCGCGUGCUACCACUCCAAGGAGGAGAAGCUCGUCGUCUACGAGCACGUCCCAGGGUGCAGCCUCUUCCAGCUCCUGCACGAGAACAGAGGGGAGGGCAGGAUCCCGCUGCCGUGGCCGGCGAGGCUGUCGAUCGCGAAGGGCAUGGCGCGGGGGCUAGCGUACCUGCACCGGUCGCUGCCGUUCUUCCAUCGGCCGGCGCACGGCAACCUCAAGUCGUCGAACGUGAUCAUCUUCUCGCCACACGGUGGCAAGCAUCUGCAUCAGCACCUGGUGCCGAAGCUCACGGACUAUGGCUUCCUCCCGCUGCUCCCGCACCACGCGCACCGGCUGGCGGCGGCCAAGUGCCCGGAGUACACCCGUGGCAAGCGGCCGUCGUCCCGCGCCGACGUGUUCUGCCUCGGCCUCGUGCUGCUGGAGGUGGUGACGGGGAAGGUGCCCGUGGACGAGGCCGACGGCGACCUGGCCGGGUGGGCACGGCUGGCGCUGAGCCACGAAUGGUCCACGGACAUAUUCGACGUAGAGAUAGUCGGAGAGCUGGACCGGCAUGAGGACAUGCUGAGGCUCACGGAAGUCGCGCUGCUGUGCGCCGCCGUAGAACCCGACAGGCGGCCCAAGAUGCCCGACGUCGUCAGGAUGAUCGAUCACAUCGGCACCGCCGCGGACGAGGAAGGCAGGUGGGAGCUCGCCGUAUGCUGAUCUUGAGCUGUAUGCAUGCGCGUGAAAAUUUGUGCUUCCGCUCGACACGAUCUCUGUUUUUUUUUUUUGGAAGGCUUAGUUUCACACAAAUGUUGUAUCCUUGAGGACAAUUUGUAAAAGAAAGCUUUGGGUUCGUAAAUCCAAUUACAAGAAGAGUACUGUAUUUGAAUUAAAAUAAUACCUAGCUAGUUCACGAGCCACUACGAUUUUGUAUCUCUCCCACAAUGAAUAAA